UUACCAUCUGUCACUGGCGUGGUCACUCUCACAUUUGCACUCAAAAAAUGGGCAAACCCAGCUUUGGCGACCUCAAAACCGACAAAGGUGUGAAGGAACUGAACAGUUUCCUCGAAAGUCGCAGCUACAUCGAAGGCUACUCGUUGUCUCAGGCCGACUUGGACGCGUUUGGCAAGCUCCAAAAGGCCCCAGCUGCGAAUUUGCCCCACGCUUUGCGUUGGUACAACCAUGUCAAGUCUUUCACUCCUGCGGAGCUGAAGUCGUUGGGGGUUUCGGGGGCAUGCCCCAUGAAAACUGCAGCUCCGACCACCAAAGAUGAUGAUGAUGAUGUCGAUUUGUUCGCGUCUGACGAGGAAGAGGAUGCGGAGGCUGCCAGAAUAAGGGAGGAGCGUCUGAAGGCCUACGCUGAGAAGAAGUCAAAGAAACCGGAACUUAUUGCCAAGUCAAGUAUUGUGCUUGAUGUCAAGCCCUGGGAUGAUGAGACCGAUAUGAAGGAGAUGGAGAAGAAUGUCAGGACUAUUGAAAUGGAUGGGCUGGUUUGGGGGGCCUCCAAGUUGGUUCCUGUGGGCUAUGGAAUCAACAAGUUGCAAAUUAUGUGCGUGGUUGAAGACUUGAAGGUGUCUGUUGAUGAGUUGGUCGAGAAGAUUCAGGAGUUUGAGGAUUUCGUCCAGUCUGUCGACAUUGCAGCCUUUAAUAAGAUUUAAAAAUGUAAUUUUUCAAGAUGAAUAAAUGCGUUUAUUGAUGA